GAGAAAGAGAAACGGGGGUGUUACGGGCAGCAGUGGAAGUGAAGAGGCCAUCCCGUCAGUGAUGGACACUCCUGUGGCUGCGGACAAGUUCUGACGAGCUGAACCUCUGCAGAGCCAAUUUUAUUUUUUAUUAUCUUUUGAAUAAUUAGUGCGGGAGACAGGAGGCGGGAGGAGAUGCAGUGAUAUCAUGAGCAGAGCCGGCCAGGGAGACAGAAAGAGAGACAGAGAGGAAGAGAAGGAGGGAGGAAGAGGGCACACGGGGAGGAGAGGCGGGGAGUCGGCUGCCACCAGGCCAGCUGAGGAUGCUUGUUGUUUCCACAAACGGGAUUAAUCACCGGGCCGAGCGCUGAUCCUCCUGCCGCACAUCGAGCACCUCUCCCGGCUGCAGCUGUCCCGGCCGAGGGCGCGUUCCGUCUGCGUGUCUGGGGCCGGUCUGCCGGAGGCUGUUUGCCUUUUUACAUGCUCUCCCCCCUCUUCCUCUAUUUCCUGAUGCAGGGCCGGGGAGGGGUGAGCCAAAGUGUGCACCGGAUAUUGGAAAACCCAUUCUUCUUGCUGAUGCUGUUGUGAUAAUAGAUUAUUAUCUGGACAACGACGCAUCUGCACAGAAAGGCAGAUCCUGAGCGAAGCAGGCCUGGCUUUGAGGAGCGAGGAGAAGGGGAAUGUUUGAGCCUGGGAGGAUGAUGGAAACAUUUUUGGACGGCAGCAGCAGCAGCAGAGAGGAGGGGGGUCCCUGAUAUCGAUCACAGAAUGGAUUCAAUCAGGGCAUUCUGACUUGGGAUAUUUGAGACUCAGCUCUUACAGAAAUCAAUCCGUGGCAAAUGUAGCCUUCCUGCCCGGGUCUGAAUGAGAUCUUUCUUUUCUGCUCCACUUUUGGCCAGCUGCAUAAGCUACACGGGAUCAAUCAGCUUUAAACGACUGUUAUUUAUAGCAGGGGGUGGGUUGGAUGUGACUGUAUCUCCCAUCACUGGCACCGGUCAAACCUCACGCGUCCUCCUCGCUCUCAUCUUUUCUACCUUCCCUCUGAGUGAUGCUGCUUUCUGUGCUGUGCUGACAGAGACACACGCCGGGACAGACUUUAUUCUAGGCCUUACAGAGUGGAAACUGGGCCGGUUCUCACUCCCAGCACGGACCUGGCCGCAUGACAAACAAGUGCAUGGGAGUAGCCUGCAGGGCCCGGCUUUAGAUCACGACCAGUCCUCCGCACCUCUCCUCUCCUCUCCGCCGCCUGUGAUGUGCGUUACGGCAUUACGCACGGAGCAGGAGCCACCGCGAUCUUGAUCUGCCUUAUAUCAGGAAGAGAAUUUCACCUCGGGAAGGAUGAGCAGCAAGGAGCUGACGGUGGGCCAGUCCAACCAGUAUGUGGGGCCUUACCGGCUGGAGAAGACCCUCGGGAAGGGACAGACAGGACUGGUGAAGUUGGGCGUCCACUGUAUAACAGGACAGAAGGUGGCCAUAAAGAUUGUCAACAGAGAGAAACUCUCUGAAUCCGUUCUAAUGAAGGUGGAGAGAGAAAUAGCUAUUCUUAAACUAAUAGAGCACCCUCACGUUCUGAAGCUGCAUGAUGUCUAUGAGAAUAACAAAUACCUGUACCUGGUUUUGGAGCAUGUGUCUGGCGGAGAGUUAUUUGACUACCUGGUGAAGAAGGGCAGGCUGACCCCCAAAGAGGCCAGGAAGUUCUUCAGACAAAUCAUCUCCGCCCUCGACUUCUGCCACAGUCACUCCAUAUGUCACAGAGACCUGAAGCCUGAGAAUCUUCUCCUGGAUGAGAAGAACAACAUCAGGAUAGCAGACUUCGGCAUGGCCUCGCUACAAGUCGGGGACAGCCUGUUGGAAACCAGUUGCGGAUCUCCACAUUACGCCUGCCCAGAGGUCAUCAGGGGUGAAAAGUACGACGGUCGCAGGGCAGAUGUUUGGAGUUGUGGAGUCAUCCUCUUUGCUCUUCUUGUGGGUGCCUUGCCCUUUGACCAUGAUAACCUGCGGCAGCUUCUAGAGAAAGUGAAGAGCGGGGUGUUCCACAUGCCUCACUUUAUACCUCCCGACUGCCAAGCGUUGCUCAAAGGAAUGAUAGAAGUCAACUCUGAUAAGAGACUCACGCUAGAAGCAAUACAGAAACACCCCUGGUACCAGGGUGGUCGUAACGAGCCCUGCCCGGAGCAGCCGCCUCCUCGCCGGGUGUGUGUGAAGAGGAUCCUGUCCCUAACAGACCUGGACCCUGACGUCCUGGAGAGCAUGUACUCGUUAGGCUGCUUCAGAGACCGGGUCAAACUCACACAGGACCUUACAAGUGAGGAGGAGAACCAGGAGAAGAUGAUCUACUACCUCCUGUUGGACAGGAAGGAGCGCUACCCCAGCUGUGAAGACGAGGAUCUGCCGCCCAGGAAUGACCUGGACCCACCCAGGAAGCGUGUGGACUCCCCGAUGCUGACGCGUCACGGCCGCUGUCGUCCAGAGAGGAAGAGCCUGGAGGUCCUCAGUGUCACAGAGCAGGGGUCUCCCACCCCACCUCGCAGGGCUCUGGACACUAAUGCACACAGCCAGAGGUCUCGUUCAGUCAGCGGAGCGUCCACAGGUCUGUCCUCCAGUCCUCUCAGCAGUCCCAGGAGCCCGGUCUUCACUUUCAGCCCAUCUGAAGUCACCUCUGCUUCCUCCUCCAAAGACCCCAAACCAGGAAGUGCCACCACCUCUCGGCCCACCCGCCCAGCACCUGACCCCAAAACACAGACCCUGCCCUCAAAGGGCCCCGCUGACCGUCCCCAGCUCCACUCCAUGAAGUCCCUCCCCCUUCAGACUCCACGCUCCCCCUCCCCAUCACCUUCCCCUCUCCUCUCCCCCAUCCCACGCUUCUUCAACUUCCCCUCUCCAUCUGUCUUCAAGUCUAAGAACGUCCACUCGUCCUCUAACUCCUCUGCCACCCCUCCUCCUGUGUCGCAGGUCACGCCGCAGGGCUCACCGCUGCCCACCCCGCUGGGCACGCCUGUGCACCAAAUCCAACACCCUUCCUCCACCACCCCUCCCUCCUCUUCCUCCUCGUCUUCUUCUUCCAGAGCGGACGGAGCCGGCGGGGCCUCGCUCUCAUUGACGCCGCCCUCCAGCCCCGGUGGCAGUGGCGGUCUGGCCGCCUCGAGCUCCGCCCACUGGAGAACAAGGCUCAACUCGUUCAAAAACAACCUGCUGGGCUCGCCGCGCUUCCAUCGGCGCAAACUGCAAGUCCCCACAUCAGAGGACAUGUCCAGUUUGACUCCAGAGUCCAGUCCAGAACUGGCAAAGAAGUCCUGGUUCGGUAACUUCAUCAGCCUGGAGAAAGAGGAGCAGAUCUUUGUGAUGAUUCGAGACAAGCCGCUCAGCUCCAUCAAGGCCGACAUCGUCCACGCCUUUCUCUCAAUCCCGUCCCUCAGCCACAGUGUGGUGUCUCAGAACAGUUUCCGGGCAGAGUACAAAUCCUCCGGCGGCCCCUCGGUCUUCCAGAAACCUGUCAAGUUCCAAGUGGACAUCGCUUUCUCCGAGGGAGACAGGGAGCGAGAGAGGGAACGAGCAGAGAGGGAAGGAAGACGAGAGAUGGGCAUCUACAGCGUCACCUUCACUCUAAUAACAGGUCCCAGUCGCAGAUUUAAGAGAGUGGUGGAAACCAUUCAGGCUCAGCUGCUGAGUACUCAUGAUCAGCCUUCUGUGCAGGCACUGGCUGGCCCCUCAGAUGAGAAGAACGGUCAGCUUUCCCGCCAGCCCAGCACUCCUUCUCGCCAGAACUCCCGGCGUUCCGAGAGCGGAUCGGAGCGGGAGCGGGGGGAGAAGGAGCGUGUGGCAGACGGGGGCAGCGGGAGCAGCAGCGGGACGUCCUUACAAAGGCGAGGGUCGGGGAAAGACAAGACCAGACUCCUGUCGUCGUCCAACGGGACGCAGUCUCAUCCCUGAAAAGAAUGUUGUGGAAGAGAGGCGAGGGUCGUCCGCCUGGCCUUUUUCUCUUCCUCCCCUCAGUCCUUCCCACAUUCUUUCCUUCCCUACUCCCUUACUUCCUGCCUUGCUUCCCGCCAUGAUUCCAAAGCAAUGGGAUGGAGGAGGGGGAAGUUUUCCCUUGAAGCUGAUACGACAGAGAUUCCCCACACAGCAGAAAUGUAUAUUAGUGGGGGCGGCGGAGGAAGGUGGUCUCUAGUUAGCCUUCAAGGGCAGCUUCACCCCGCAGUCUGAAGACAGGAUGUCUGAAAAGUCCCACCGUACCAGAGAAAUACAGGAAAAGCUCACAGCGAGGUAAACACGUAGUUCAAGAAAGCACAUGACCUUCUCACCGACCAAUCACACGCAACACGAAUCCAACAGGAGACCUCCCGUCAGUCAGUCAGAACGGCAAAGGAAGUCACCGUCCAACAGCAGAGCCCCUUAACUCUCAUUGUCACCUGUCACCUGGAUCAUCAAGUCUCCUCAGCACCAAACACGAUGACAGGAAGUCCGCUCUCCUCCUCCUCCUCUCAACUGAAGAGUUCUCAAGCAAAGCAACACCAUGAGGACGUGUUGAAGACAGACGUUCAGAAAGAGUCUGGAUUUAGACGCGAUUGUUAAAGUGGAUCUUUAGAUGUUUAAUAAUCAGGAGUCUGAGAGCAGAGAGAAGUCAGAGUGAAUCUGACUUGGGCUACGUCAUGUCGCCCUACAACUCGAUGAAUUUCAAAAUAAGACGAGUUUCCUUUAGUGUUUGAGAGGAAGCAUAAACCCCCACAAUUAUCUCUGAAUUCCACUGAUAAAGCUAUGAUACCGUAUUGCCUUUAACGGAGGAGAAAGUGGAUAGGUAGUUAGAUUUAGCCCCAUUUUAAGGACACACGUCACACCACAGGUAGAAUGUCUCAGAGUGGAAACUCCCACAGACGGAGAUGAACAGAUAGAUGGAGACGAAGCAGAGCAUAGUUAGAAACAGGAGCAGCCUAGAUCUUAAAAUAACGUAUGCUGCAUUUCCACUGCGUGACACGGCACGACUCUAUCUUGAAGUUGUGGAUCGUACCUGAUACUUGUUUUGGUCCCACCUCAGUUCAAAGCGAGCAGAGCUUAUAUUUAAAGGUGGAGUUAAAACACUGAAAUCCGCUGAUUGGUCAGAGAGAAAUGUCACUAUAACUAUAAACUAUAAAAAACAGUUUGAAAUGAGCCAUGACCAAACCUCAGCAUCAUUUUGAGAAUAUUUUUGCUAAUUUUUGAAAUUAAAAUUCUGAUUAAAACGCUUUAACACCCAGUACAUUCCUGUGCACAGUGAAGUGGAGUUACAGUCCCAGCUGGACGAGGACAUCUAACUGGCCUACUGUCCUUGUCCCAGUAUACAAGCACGGGAGGGGAAUCCAUUUAUUGAGCCAAGUAUGUGCGACUCCUCUACGAUAGGUGGAGAUAUGCCCCCUUUCAGCUUGUUAGUAUUGGACCUUUUUCCUGUUGACCUAUUACGUCACAGACCAAACAAUGGACAAACAAGUUAGCUACGGUUAGCUAGCAGCUAACUGCUACCAUGGUGGACAACUUUACAGCUCUGUACAUUUGGUCCGUCCAAAAAGUCACGGCUCUGGAUGUAGAUUUCUCCAUGUUGUUACCGGCUUCUUCUUCUCUUACACAUUUAAUGCUAUUGGACUUCCGGGUCAAAGCCCGGGGCGGAAACUGUGGAGCAUGCUCAGAGCGCCUCGGCCAGUUUGGGUCUGAUUGACUGUGAGAAAUUCAAUUUUAUCAGUCAGAGUAACACAAUGAAUCCGUCAUGUAAAGGUGCUGAGCACCACCUGCAGGGCAGGCCAGAGGAAACAAGGCAGUCAGUAGCUAUGUUUCCAUCCAAAAGUGAUUUGAAUCAUUGGGAAAUGUGCAUUAAAAGAAAUACGAAUGGAUACGGACUUUGGUGAAAACUACGAACUUGUGCGAGUUUUCCGCAGAACCGGAAACAAAACAAGUCUCGCAUUCUUCUUCUUCUACGUUUUCUGGCGGUUGGCAACCAGCUUGUAAAUGCAUUACCGCCUUCCCGACCCGGAGUGUGGAUAUCACCAUGGAGAGAGGUGCGCUACGUCAGACUUAAUUCAAACAUAACUGUUUCCAUCCCCCGUGAUGCGGAUCAGCAUUUUUUCGAAUCAACCAAAACCCGGCUAAAGCGAGCGCAUUUUAGUUUGUGUGAAUCAGGGGAUUUUAAUUCAAAUUUUGGCGUUUCCAUCAUAAUUUUCCGAUGCGAUGCUUCUAGAUGCGCAUCUAAACAGGCUGAUGGAAACAUGGUUUGUGUGAAGCUGUGGUGGUGGCGACAGAGAAGGACAGGAUCUCCCUAAUAUCAGUGGUUCCCAGCUGGUGGGUCGUGUUUCCAUUCUGAACGAACUGCAAGUGACUUGCCAAUGUGUCAAGUUUGUAAAAAAGAAAGGACGGCAGAGGAGAUACCUGCACGCCAACGUAACUGGGCCACAAGAAGGUCUACAGGCUGAGAUCAGUGCAAAAGCAGUCUAUUUAUUUAAGACAUCUGUGCACAACAAAAGAUACAGAGUGAGUGAAAACAGCAGCAAACGUUCAGUCCUCAACUGUUUUUUGUGAACAAGUGAGUCGAGUCGAAUCAUGCAGUGGAAAUGAGGCGUUAGAGACGACAAUGAAAGCCAGGUCUGUUAGGUGAGGGUUUUAUUGGAGGUUUCCGUCAAUACAACGUCCACACACCACAUGUACACUGAGAGAGUUUUCUUCUCCUGUCCCCCUGCAGCACAUUAUUGGCUUUAAAAUGAAAUAAAAUGAAAAUGAAAUCUCUGUAUAAUCGAAUGCAAAUGAAAACCUUGUGUUGGGUGCUCAUGGAGAACACGAAACAACCGGAUACACAGGAGGGAAAUCCGAAAAUAUAGAAAACCAGGAAGGAAGUAUUAAAAAGCCUUUAUUGUAGUGACUGAAUCAUUAACAUGUUUGGACCACUGCAGGUCUUUAUUGAGGCUUUAGAAAAAGUUUUUACAUCUGUUUCACAAGUUUCUGAAAUCACCAUAAAGCAAACAAACAUUCUUUGUAAAUGCAGAUAAACCAGGCAGUGAAAUAACAAAGCUACACAGUGCAAACACAAAUACAUGGGCUUAAACCAGGGUGUUGAAACAAAAUGAAAAUACAUAUAACAAUAAAGAUAAACCAGGGUACAAGCGUACAGAUGAAGACGUAUAUUCAGUCAGAGGAUUUGGGGAAUAAAAUUUUAUAAUUUUCCAUAAUAUAUGGAUAUAUCAGUGUCGGCAUAUCGGCCAAAUAUCCAGCAUCCUGCAUCCCUACUAGUCAGCUGAUUCACUUUUGCUGUGGUAGAUAUUUUUUCUGCCUACAAACAGCUGCCAGGACAAAUAUACGCAUUUGAUUCAGCUCACUCAGACAGCUCAGUCCGUCACAACCAGUUUGGAGACGAGGAGUGAUUCCAGUGACCUCUAACUCUCCUCAGUGUACAUUUGGGGUGUGACUGUUUUAUAAGAGACCUGACAAAAGUCCGAACCUGUCCUUUACCUGAAACCACAAUUCAAGUCCGUCAAAUUACAGCCAUUGAAGAUGAUGACAAAGUAGACUUAGAAUAAAGAGAGGCUGGUCGAACGAGACAACCGAGCUUUUUAGACCCACAAUUAGUCAACUGAAACCUUCCUACGUUCCUCUGUGUUUAACAAUAGACGUAGGGCGACGCCGAAGCCCCAACAAAAGCCUGUUCUGCCUCUGAAAGGAGACGUGGAGGGAGGACGGAGGGACGCAGGUAGAGAUGAACAUUACACGAGGAGGAAAAAGAACUGGAGAGGAAAAAUGAAGCCACACAUAAAGAAUGAAAUUUAGCCUGUUUUUAUUUUUCCAUACCUUCGUUUUUUCUACACCGCUCCCGUCUGUCUGUCUGUCUGUCUGUUUCUUUAUGUUCGCCACCAGCAGGGUCGCGGGCGGCGCCACCAAUGUGAAUGUCAGAAACUCUUUUGAAAUUAUUGCAAGAGUGUAAACAUAUUUUUGUUCCAUAUAUUUAUUGCAGAUGUAUUUAUUUAUUUAUUUAUUUAUUUAUUUGCCAUGUAUUUGUUGAGAGUGUGAUUUUUUAUUUUCAUGAAUGGGAAAGCAGGCGAUGGGUGAAGACGGGGAAAUGUUACUUUCAAGAUGUCUGACACGUCAGAGCAAACCAGCUGAACUCCUCUCCUCUUUCUUUUCUGAAAAACCUCCCAGCUCUACGUCGUGUUUUUAACCCGGUUAGUUUGGUUUAUUUAGCACCGCCGGCGACCACAGCUGUUCACAUGUUUAGCUUCAUGUGGAGGACUGUUGUGCGUUACCAGAGAGUGUUUAUCAGCGCUGAGGUAUUCGCUCCUUCAGGCAGUUGUUCGGUUUGUUUUGUUUAAUUUUUUUAUCGUCACCUGAGGCAAAAAGUGAGCAGGACACUUAGCUGCUGAGUCUGUUACAUGACAGAUCAAACACACACAAACCAGGGCAUUUUGGCUACCAGGGUGAAACCCAUGCACAAACUGACUUCCAAUAGUCUCCUCACACUCUGCACCCUGAACUGAAACUGCUGAACACAAACGGAAACAAACGUUCACUUGCAGGUUUAACGGACAGUUUUUUCCCGUCUUUCCUGGAAAACUGGAAAAUGUGGUUAGUGAUUGAUUGAUGACUCCGACAUCCAAUAAUCUGUUUACACACAUUAACAUGAGGUUUGGGAAUCAUUUUAGAAAGCUUUGGGGAAACUUUUGCCUCAGUGGACGUAAUCAAGACAGAUUUUCAGUCUGUGCUGCUUUAACAGAAGAUUUAAGUGUUUUUCCCCUCUUGUGUAAUCAGAGGUUUCAUGUCCCAUCCAUGUGCUCACAGUCGGGCCCCUUAGGAGGACCCAGCAGUGAGGCCCCACAUGCAUCGGACAGGUCAGAGGUCAGGGUGGUUUAAAGUUACACACGUACAUGAAGGAGUGUUAUGUCACUGGCUUUUUUUAAACACAGGGUCAGAGUCACCGCAUGUAGGAGGAGCGAGGCGAGUUAAGGAACGGGAGGAGGACAGAAAGGUUUCGCUCUGCUCUGAGCAUCCAGAUCCAUUCAAAGACACAACGGGACCCUCGGCACAUUUACAGCCGCUCCCAAAACUCUCCUAUUGAAAGAAG